GCAAUUACGAAAAGUGACUUAUAAUCUCUUCUCGGGAGCUUAGUCCCCUAGAAAAUACCUUGGCCUAAGGCGAUACGUGAGUAGUCGCUUUCUUGAGUUUUAUUUUUACUGCGAUUCUUCCACAGGUUCACUUCUGGAAGGUUGCUGUGCAGCUGGACACGCGUCUGAGUCGCGCGCACAGUGACGCAGCCGGCGCACGGUGACGCGAGCGGCGAGGUGCACGCUGGGAUAUUUAACUCCUCUCCGCGGCGCGGAGCCGCGAUGUCUCCGGCGGCUGCGGCGGCUGGCGGAGGGGACCGGCGGCGCCCGGCAGCUAGUGUCAGGAAAGGCCAGGGCCAGGGCAGGGGCUGGGGCGCGCCGGCAGGGGCGGCCCUCCUCGGCCUGUCGGUGCUGGGCCUCGUGCUGUAUCUGGUGCCCGCGGCGGCCGCGCUGGCCUGGCUGGCAGUGGGGGCUACCGCGGCCUGGUGGGGAUUGAGCCGCGAGCCCCGAGAUUCGCGCGCCUUCUCCUCGCUCGUUCGGAACGCGCGCCGCCAGCGAACACUGCUUGCCUCGCCUCCGGCCAAGGCGGUGGUAAACGGCAGCCUUGUAGAGCCGCGGACACUGCUCCAAGGACCCGACCCCGCCGAACUGCUCCUCGUGGGUAGUUAUCUGGGCAAGCCUGUCCAACGGCCACCUUCAAGCCCCGCACGACCCCCACCGCCGGCUCACUCGGCCCAUCGCGAUCCCAUUCACCCCUCAGUCCACACACCUUUUAUCCGAACCUGUAGGAGGCCUUCCCGCUGGGACUGUGGGACUUCACCACACCGGUUUGUCAUAACACCUCGAAGACGAUACCCAAUCCAGCAGGCCCAGUAUUCCCGUGUGGGGGUGCUGCCCACGGUGUGCUGGAAUGGGGGUCACAAGAAGCCCGUGCCGUUUCCUUGUAAUUCCAGAAUGGUGUGCAGGCCUUCGACAGUGAGGAUUGCUCCUCCAGAUAGCAAACUGACUUGUUCUCCAAUAGCAGCGCAGACCACCAGCUCAACACUGCCCUCACCCUCAAGUAAUGCCCCAGACCCAUGUGCAAAGGAGACUGUUUUGAAUGCACUCAAACAGAAGAAGAAAAGGACAGUGGUGGAGGAGGAAGACCAAAUAUCAGCUGAUGGUCAGGAAAAUAAAAGAAGGCGCCAUGACAGCAGUGGGAGUGGACAUUCAGCAUUUGAGCCCGUGGUGGCCAAUGGAGUCCCUACUGCUUUUGUGCCUAAGCCUGGGUCCCUGAAGAGAGGCCUCAAUUCCCAGAGCUCAGACAGCCACUUGAAUAAGAGAUCCCGCACCUCUUCUGUGAGCUCCUCAACAAGCACAUACACAUGUGGCAUCCCUAUGUCCAGCCGCAAUGCCAUUACCAGUUCCUACAGUUCCACUGGAGGGAUUGCUCAGCUCUGGAAGAGGAGGGGUCCCAGUGCCUCACCCUUCUCCAGCCCUGCCUCGUCUCGCUCGCAGACACCAGAGAGGCCAGCAAAGAAAAUAAGAGAAGAGGAGCUUUCUCAUCAUUCUGGCUCUUCAGCUCCAUUGGUAACAGACAAGGAGUCCCAGGGAGAAAAGGUUGCAGAUACAACCACAUGUAAGAAGCAGAACUCCUGGGAUUCUCCAUCUACACCCAGGAGCUCCGGGCUACGCAGACGGAAGGUUCAACUGCUGCCCUCCAGGCGAGGGGACCCACUGAUCUUGCCUCCACCUCCCGUGCUUGGUUAUUCAAUCACUGCUGAAGAUCUAGACUUGGAGAAGAAAGCAUCAUUACAAUGGCUUAAAAAGGUCUUCGAGGAUAAGACUGAAAUUGCCUCGAGCACUGUCACUGAGAACCCACCUGCCACUCCACCGGCUUCUACCCUCACCCUGCCUGCUGCUGGGACCUCUGCUUCCUCAGCCUCCCUCCCAGCCCCAAGUGCUAACCCACUGCUGGAGAGCUUGAAGAAGAUGCCGAACUUCCUGGGCCUACCAUCUUUCCCAGAAGCUGCUGGAGAGGCAACCACUGCGGCCUGUUCGCCCCUGAAGACACCUGGCCUUCUGGGCCCUCUAGGCUCUUCACAGCCAGAGCCCCUCCCAGGCCCCUCCUCAGACUCCAGAUCCACAGCCACUUUCUCGGGGCUGACCCCUGCCUCUCCCACAAUACCAGCCAUUGACGCCACCAAGUCACCUCCAGCCCCUCAGGCUGAGACAUCUUCCAAGCCUCAGUCCCCACCUGCCCCAGGCCCCACCCUGCAGCCCAAUGUUCUGUUUGGAACGCUGAGCAGCCCACCUGCUAACCCUUCUGCCUCAGCAGCUCCUGCUGUGUCUUCAGCACCUGCCAUGUUCAAGCCAAUCUUUGCAGCUCCACCAAAAAGUGGGAAUGAGGGCCCUGUGCCAUCCAGCCCUUCCCAUGUCACAAUGGUGGCAUCUUCCAGCUCUGCCCCCACCCCAACUACCAGCAGCCUCCCCCUCACUUUCAGUCCUGUCUUUAGCAGUAUAGGGCUACCUACACCUGUGCGCUUGUCAACUCCCUUCUCUUUCACUCAGACAACUACUCCAGCCACUAGCACGAGUGCCCCUCUGUUACCUGCCCAGGCCAGUGUCAGUGUCCCCUCAGCAGUGGCUGCAGUGGCUUCUGGGACCACCGCCAGCACAGCCACAGACUCUGUCCGGAAGCCUGUCUUUGCCUUUGGUGUGAGCAGUGUGACCAGCACUGCGACCAGCAUGACCAGCACCACUGCAUCCACUGCCCAGCCUGUCCUCUUUGCAUCCCCCCCUGACUCUGGUGCCAGCUUUACCCCAGCCAUGGGCUCCAUAUUCCAAUUUGGCAAGCUGACUGCCACGCCUGCUCCAACAACAGCCAUCACCUUUGGCCAGUCAGUGCCCAGCGCCGUCCAGACAGCUGCUGGCAGCAGCACCGCCGGCUUUGGUGGCACCCUCACAACCUCUGCCCCCAACGCCCUGAGCCACCCUGCACCGACAUUCAACAGCACUAGCACCCCAGCCUUCAACAUUCCCUUUGGUUCCGGCACCAAGCCCCACAUCCCAUCGUAUCCUGGAGCCAUCCUGCAACCCACGUUUGGAGCUGCUGACGGGCAGGAGACGAGGGCUGCCAAGCCAGCCUUGGCCCCCAGCUUCGGCAGCUCGUUUCCUUUUGGAACCUCAGCAGCCCCAGCCCCACCUGCAGCUCCAGCACCGAUACCACCCCAGCCAGCCUUUGGCAGCCCUGUGCAGUCAGGUUUUGGUGGGUUGAAACCUACACCUUCUGCCUUUGGCAUCCCUUCCAGCACCCAGCCGGCUUUUGGCAGCACCACAGCUGUUUUCUCCUUUGGUGCAGCCACCACCUCGGGCUUUGGAGCUACAACCCAGACCACCAGCAGUGGGACUAGUAGCUCAGUGUUUGGCAGCACCACCUCAUCGCCCUUCACUUUUGGGGUGUCAGCAGGCCCCGCUGGCAGUGGGGGCUUUGGGAUGAAUGUGGCUGCUCCCCACAGCAGCUCCACUGCUGGGGUGUUCAGUUUUGGGGCAGGACAGAGUGGGACCACUGGCACUACAACCCCUUUUGGGGGAGGCUUGAGUCAGAACUCCCUGGGUGCACCUGGCCAGAGCACACCCUUUGCGAUCCACGUGGGCAGCACGCCUCAGAACAAAUCCGUGUUUGCAGGCACAUCCACACCCACCUUUGGUCAGAACACCCCUGCCCCUGGGGUGGGCGCAUCAGGCAGCAGCCUCUCCUUUGGGGCAUCCUCAACACCUGCCCAGGGCUUUGCUGGAGUUGGAACCUUUGGUAAGCUGCAAGCCUCUGUAGUCAGAAUGAUCUGCAUGUUCCUUGAAGACGGGGUGGGGGUUUUGGGGGAGUGCUGUGUAUCUUCAUCGGUCCUUGUCCCCACCGCAACAAAGAACUGAAAGGCAGAGACACAGUAGUGAAGCGGAGUAAAAGUUUUAUUUAAAGUUACUCAGAGAGAGAGCAGCACCCGGAAAGGUUGAAAAGAGAGAGUUUAAAGUGAAAAGGUUAUGCACUUACAAAGUGUGGGCAACCUCAGGGAGAGGAGUGCUCUGUAAGGUGGGGGUUCCUCCUUUUAAGGAUUCUUAAGGAAUGUGACCAAGGGCUGGCAGGUUCAGACCUGUUAGGUGGUCUUUGAAUACUUAGAAUUAACACAAGUAACUUCCUGCUCUGAUUUACCCUCGGAUCCCGGCCUUCUUGGUCUGGGAGCAUAUCAAACAAGGCUGCCUGCCCAGCCCUCAAGGUGGGCUGAGUUGUCUGUUUGCCAAGGAGCAAGUUAAGAAUCUUAUUUAACUUCCUGGGUAUUAAAAUGCAAUCUUAUUUUUAAGAUGGAAUCCUUUCUGCCUGUUACUAUGUUGUUUAUGCUGAGCUUGUUUGCCAUUAUUAAUUGCCCAGGUUGCAAACUACUUGAUUAGGGCCAAAGGAGAGAAAAAACAGCAUAUAGAUAAAGUUAAAAAAAUAAGCUGGGCCUGCAUGAUUAACACAAGAAAACCAUGGGCUCUGCUGAGGUACCCUCCUUUCUCUGGGGAAAUUAAAACAUUCCAGGCCAAGUUGCUCCUGGCUUUUUUACCUUUAACUGGGCAUUUAUUUCCCUGGCUUUAUUCUCUUUCCAUCCUACUCAUAUAUAUUUUCCUGCCUAAGAGGGUGGAGUCCCUUCCCCUUUGGGGAAAAACAGGCUCCUAAGCAUGAGAAAGAUGUGCCCUGGCUGAGAAUCUGGUUCAGCCCAGGUUUGGAGUUAGGUAGCAGAGCUCAGAGAGGAGCCAUUUCAAGUAUACUUUUCCCACAACACCGAAAAAGAAGGUAAAAAUACCUUCCUAGGCCUUUGGCAUC